AUGGCUACCGGUUCAAAGAUUCAUCUCGAGGCUUCGCAGAAGCCCCAGUUCUAUGUCAAAGGACUCAAGGCUGAGAGCGCAGAAAAGGCGAGCCAGCUUUUGCAAGUCAACCACGAGAAGCAUCACAUCUUCAAUCAGAGUGGAUUCCAUAACCACAUCGCCCAUCAUCUCCUCACUCUGUUCGCGCUCAACGCUUCGCCAGAAGAACUCCAAAAAGCAUACGACGCAAAUGUAUCCUAUCAACGCCCAUCAGAACCGCUCGAAAAGGCCAUCGUCAAUGACAUGCACAAGCCCGAGCGCUUCAAGUCCUAUCUCGGGCAAGAGAAAUAUUACCACGACUUCCUUGUCUACUUCCAACAAGAGAUAGACAAAAGCGGGUGGCCACAUGUAUUGCAGGAGCAUCUGUUUGCCGAAACCGAACUUGCAGACGAUAUGCUGGCACGCAUGUUUGCUGGGUUUCUGCAUCCCAUCAUACAUCUUGGUUUUGGCAUCGAGUUCCAGCAGCCCGCCAUUAUUGCGGAGGCGCUAGCGCAGGCCGCCGUACACGAUAACUGGAUAGCAUCGCUAUUCUUUGGGUGCGAAAAGGCUGCUAAAGAAAGCAGAAGCAAAGACGGACCCAGGAAGACAAUCGUGCAGAUACUGGAGGGAUACAGGAAAGACGACAAGUUGAGCAAGGCCGCGCACUGGGACGAUGGAAACAAGAUUCGAGAUGGAAUCAUCAAGAGAGCGCCGGAGGAGAUGAUCGACUAUGCGACGCAAUAUACUGUUAAAGAGGGGGAAUUGGAGGAAAAGACUGCUGAGAUGAUCAACGCCGUGGUAUACUACACCGCCGCUGCGCAACGCCCACCCCAUCAAGUCAAACUCGACUUCUACUUCAUCCACUGCCUAAACUCGAGUAUCUUCUUCUCCGCCUUCCUUUCUCCCUCUUCCUCCCUUCCCCCAGCGAUCCAACGCCGGCUUCUAGAAUGGAAGAUCUGGAUGGAUAUCACAAUGUACGUUUCGCGCGGCUGUCCAACUCUCCUCGUGGAUGAAAUUACCGGCUACGCGCCCACGAAGGAUAGCGGUAUGGACGAAGUUAUCAAGAGGGUGAAUAAUGUGGAGGAUGAUGGGCAUGCCUGUAAGCUUGUGAGGGCAAUUGCAAAUGCCGAGGCGGUCUGCAAGAAGUGGGAGGGGAGAGAAGGAAUAUUGGUUCAAGGGGACAUGUGGAGGAAGUUGGGGCAUAUGGCUGUGGAUAGUGUGGAGGUGGGUGAGCCGCAUUGGGUGAGGAGUUGUGGAUUUGCGGAAGCUUGGGAGAAGAUUCCGUUGAGAGAUGGGGCUAAGUUGUGA